ACAGGAGGAAAAGCCCUUGCGUACUCUACCACUUGACACAGGUUAGGAAAAAUUUGGUAUAAAUUUGAAGAAAAUCACAGGGUUCGAAAUUAAAGUCACGUCACUGAGCGGAACGCCAACAUGGCUUCCAACAUGACAGCCAAAAUGGCGGAGAAGAUGGUGUACGAUGUUCACGGGACACGUCUCCGGAAAUAUUGUACGGAUGAUUCAUGCCAAUAACCAGGAAAUGGAUUUCCAGCCGAUUAAAAUAUGACGAAGCGAUAUUUGUCUAGGCCAAAUGGAACAGCUUAGUCGGCGCGAUAUCAUUUUCCGAGAGCUCGCCGAGAAAAUGGGGGUGUAACGAGAGAGCCAAUCGUCGCAAACGCGCUUCUGAUCGAGUGCUGGAAUUUUCGCAAGAUCCGGCACAACGGCUCACACCCUCGCACUAGUAAAUUGUAAAUAAUUGUACACUGACUGCACCGGAACGAGAAUACGCCAAGAAAGGAUGCUUUACCUGGAAGAUUACGUCGAGAUGAUCGAACACCUCCCACAAGAGUUGAGAGACCGAUUCACAGAAAUGAGAGAAAUGGACUUGGGUGUUCAAAACUCGAUGGAUAGUCUGGAAAAGAAGGUCAAGACAUUUUUUUCUAACGCAAAGAAAAUGAAGCCGAGCGAGAAAGAGGCAGAGUAUGAAACAAUACGAAAAGAAUACUAUAAGACUUUAGAAGAUGCGGACGAGAAAGUACAUCUGGCGAAUCAAAUGUACGAUUUGGUAGACAGAUACUUGAGAAGAUUAGACCAAGAGUUAUAUAAAUUCAAGAUGGAGCUCGAAGCGGAUAACAAGGGAAUUACAGAGAUUUUGGAAAAGCGAUCAUUAGAGUUAGAUCAACCGUCGACGAAUAGUAGUCAGAAGGAAAACCGCUAUAGUUUUACGAGUAGUAGGUCUCGUGAUAAUCACAGCCACUCCCGAGCAGAGAAGAGGAGAGACUCUAAUACGUCAUCGGCCUCAAUAGAGAAACGAUUAGCAAUAGAGAAAAUUCCUCAGAGUCUUCCCGAGUCUCGACCUGCAUCGGCCAAUUCGGGUCCCAUUAUCACUACGGCCACUCUGCCACCUACUCCUACGGCGAUCGCUAACUCGGUUGGCUCGGUGAGCAGCUACAAUCUGAGUCAUAUCGGAGCAGGUGGCAACGCCAUUGCUGCUGCUGCUUCGCAGGCUAUUGCAGCUACACAGCAGAUGCAACAAGGAAGGCGCACCGCGAGCCUCAAAGCCAGUUACGAAGCGAUCAACACUGGUGGAGUUCACGCUGCAGAGUUCAGCAGAGAACUUGCAGGUGCUGCGCAAACUGCCAUUGCAGCGAUACAAGAGACCACGAAGAAACAUAAAAAAAAAGUUACGGCCACCGUGCCGAGUUCGAGUGUCAUCGCAACCGCAGUGCAGCAGCCGGUGUCUCCACCGGUUGUUGCCGCAGCUGCAACGGUCGCGGAUUCGGACAAUCCAGACUGGACGUACGAUCCAAACGAACCAAGGUAUUGCAUUUGCAAUCAAGUGUCCUACGGGGACAUGGUUGCUUGCGAUAACUCCGACUGCCCUUUCGAGUGGUUUCAUUACCCAUGCGUAGGCAUAACUGCCCCGCCGAAAGGCAAGUGGUACUGCCCUCAGUGUACAUCUUCUAUGAAGAGACGCGGAGGGCGAAAGAACUGAUAGCGAGAUAUCGGCCGAUUAAUAUUAUUAAAGGAUCGCUACUACCUCGUAGGUACUGUCUGUCGAGUAUCAACUUUGUUGAGGAGUCCGUUAGCUCUGAUUUUAUAUGAAUUUUUAAUUCCGUUUAUUAUUUGAGUCACAUCGCGUCGAGUCGCGAGGGAUUCUCGAGUCCCGUUUCUCGGUGGCUUUUAAAUCGCGUUUUAGACCGAUCGACGACGAGCAAGGUGGCGCGAAAAUACCCACGGAAACAUGUUCUCCCGAGAUGGAACCUUUUCACGCCACUUUGCGCUCUUCCCCUUUUUUUUUAGAUAGUCACGAGAGACGAUCUAUUCGAACUAGGCGAAAUAAUAAGUAAACUCGCCCUCCACGAAUUCGAGCUAGCUAACUUUCCGGAGGGGACCUUCGCUCUUCCGUCGCGAUUUCUCGACCUCCUCGAAGACGAAGGUUCUCGAUAUCGGGAAUUCUCUACAUAUUCUACGCAUUUUUCGCUCCUACUCGAAUCGCCGUUUAGGGAGGGCCGCGAGUUCCACGCUUUUCGAACGAACAUGAGGAAUGGUAAUCUGUGUUUCCAGACUGAACUGUGUAGCGACUUCAGGUGUAUAAUAAAGCGAACACUGCGGAAAUAA